CCGCCCGACCCCGCGGUUGCUGCUGCCAAGCAGUCUGCUGCGGGCGGGUUCGUGGUGCCCAACAACGCGGCGAGCGAGGCCAUCAUCCGGCAGCUGAGGGAGCACCACGGCAAGAUGACGUCCGAUCUGCAGCGGCGGGUGCAGUCCUCGGAGGCGCGGGCCACCAUGGCGGAGGAGCAGCUGGCGGCACUGCAGUCCUACAUGGCUAAGGCCAGUGUGAGCUACCAGAAGGAGAUCGUGCGGCUGAGGGCCGUGAUUGGGCAGAUGGAGGUGUCCAUGGGGGUGAAGCAGGGCAGCUACCUCAACCUGAACCCGCUGGAGGGCUCGUCAGCCGGGGGGUUCGGAGGUCCCGGGGGGGCUGCGGCGCUGCGGCCCGCAGCGGAGGUGCUGGAGGAGAUGAAGGAGCGAGGGGCG